GCCACCAUUUCAGAAGAUUCAGAGGAGUUCUUGCUUCAACAGUGCUUGAACGGAGCUUCUUUAUUCAGCAUUGUCUCGUUCCAGAUUGUCUACGAAGUUAAUCUAGAUUCUAUUUUUGUACGUUUUGAUAAUAAAAAAAAAGAAAAUCCGCCGAAAUGGAGACUUCUCAGAUUCGUCAGAACUACCACCGCGACUGCGAGGCGGCCAUCAACAAGAUGAUAAACAUGGAGCUUUACGCCUCCUACACCUACAGCUCGAUGGGUUUCUACUUCUCUCGCGAUGACGUCGCCCUCGAGGGUUUCUCCCAUUUCUUCAAGGAGAACAGUCACGAGGAACGUGAGCACGCGGAGAAGUUCAUGUCCUUCCAGAACAAGAGGGGCGGCCGCAUUUUCCUCCAGGAUGUCAAGAAACCUGAGCGAGAUGAGUGGGGCACCGGACUGGAGGCUAUGCAGUGUGCUCUGCAGCUGGAGAAGAACGUGAACCAGGCUCUGCUGGACCUGCACAAGAUUGCCACUGAGAAGGCUGACCCUCAUCUGUGUGACUUCCUGGAGUCUGAGUACCUGAAUGAGCAGGUGGAGAUGAUCAAGAAGCUGGGUGACCACAUCACCAACCUCAGCAAGAUGGACGCUGGCAACAACAGGAUGGCCGAGUACCUGUUUGACAAGCACACCCUGGGCAGCAAGAGCUAAAUCCAGCACCAGGCUUUGAGGGCCUCAAACUCCAUCAGCUUUUACUGUGUAGUGCAAAAUUGAACUUGCGGUCAUGGCUAAAUAGCUUCACUAAAACUCUGCACAACUUGAUAUAAAUUGUGCCUGAAUCUGUUGAAUAAACAUUUGUGCUGGACAUGUGA